CCCGUAAAACCCUCCUCCUCUUGCUGCAGAUGCACGCGUCCCCGCUGCUCUCGCUGCUCGCUGAGGUGUUCUCCUGGCUGCCGGUGGGCACGGUGAUCGACAACCGCGUGCUGGUGGUACACGGAGGAGUCACCUCUCAGCUGGACAUCGGAUGGCUGCAGGGCGUCGACAGACAUCUGUAUACUUCCGUUCUUCGGAUGCCCGAUCAAAUGCAUCGAGAAAGCCCAACGGAACUUCUGCGUCGUAACUACGAAUGGAAACAGAUGCUGGACGUGCUGUGGAGCGACCCGCAGAACAGUCCCGGCUACACCCCCAACACGUUCCGCGGGGGCGGCUGCUACUUCGGCCCGGACGUCACAGCCACGGCGCUGCGCAACAAUCACCUCCAGCUGCUGAUCCGCUCACACGAGUGCAAGGCGGAUGGAUACGAAUUUACACACGAGGGGAAGUGUUUGACGAUAUUCUCGGCGUCCAACUACUACGGGCCGGGCUCGAACCGGGGCGCCUACGUGGUGCUGCAGGGACCCGAGCUGAGGCCGCACUUUGUCCAGUUCACCGCUCAGACCAAGACCAAGUACAUCUCGAUGAGACAGCGUGUCGGAGCUCUGGAGGCGUCUGCGCUAGCCGAGCUCCGAAAUAAAAUACUGGCCUCCAAACAAGUGUUGAUACACGAGUUCAAGAAAUGCGAUCCUUCUAGGAAAGGACUGAUUUCGCCGGCCGACUGGGUGUCGGUGAUGGAACAGCACUGCUCCCCGAACAUUCCCUGGAGGACCCUGCGGGACAAGAUCGUCCCCCCGCGGCCAGACGGACAGAUACGCUACCUGGACACAUUCAGCGAGACGGCCACCACGCCAGGAGCCAAGGAGAGUCCGAGCGUCGUCGAGGCUCUCUAUCGAAACCGGGACCGGCUGGAGACGAUAUUCCGCAUACUCGACAAGGACCAUUCAGGGUUUCUCUCUCUGGACGAGUUCGCCGACGCGUGCUCUCUGCUGCGUAACUACCUCUGCGAGCCCAUCCCCUACGACGAAAUGGUCAACAUGGCUCGCAGUAUGGACAUCAACAAGGACGGCUUCAUCGACUUCAACGAGUUCCUGGAGACGUUCCGUCUGGUAGACAUGGACAGCGGCUAUGUCACCGACGACACCUGAUGCUGAGGAAGGAAGACGACGCUGAAAUGAUAUGUGUGUGACGUCACACAUUGACGUCACGAACUGAGGUUUGACGUCAGACUCACGUAGUGUGCAAAGAACUCGAGUGAUGAGAUACCUAUGUGAACCCACGAUGCCAGUUGGCUCGGAUAAGUGAUGACGGAUGUUAUCCUCUUGCAUGGUGGCGACAUUAGUCCGAUGUUCAUUGAGGGGUUUGAGGAAGAUAACGCCCGUCUUUUCCAGCACAAUAUGACCAAUGUGUGUUUAAUUGUUGACCCACGUGGGCGGAGAAUCUAUCCUGACCGGCAAGGACCAUUUCCUAGUCGAUUACGGCUAUUCCCGAACUGUUAUAUCCAGAUCUCUAUUGUUAGUCAUUAGCGAAUGUGGCUACUUGCUAUUGUGUGCGUACAUUAGGGUCGCAUUAUCCUACUUUGUCGCUUAAAGCGAAACAUACAGAAGCUUUCAACGGACCCUGGGCUCGCUGCCGAUGCGCUCCUCCAAUGCGUUUCGCCCCAUCUGAUAUUAUUGUGGUGCGCGAGUUGUUUUUUACUGUUGGUGUUACUGAUGCGCCGAGAAUAAACCAUUGGAAGGGCUAAUUAGGUAUGCAAUGCCAUCCAGAAACCCAAUAAAAUGCGAGCAGUUUGGAAGCUAUUCAAGUAGAAUUGCUAUUGUAGAAUUUAAGCAAGCUAAUGAGAAUGAACAAGGCGAUAGCAAACAACAAUUUCACGGCAACUUUUCGGAACAUAAUUACCUACGUUAGGCUACUCAGACAUACGAGCAUGUAGUGCUGGAAUUCGUUUAUUACUGAGUGAAGUUACCGAAUUAUUGCGAUAUCAAUUAUAUGCGGCAUACCGACAUGGCCUCAUUAUACUCGUAUGAACGGUGCUUUGGGAGUUUAUCACCUCGCGCUACAUUUGUACAAACGGUGUGUGCGGCUGAAAUGUCCCAAGGCGGCGAAAGAGCCCUAUUUUUGUGGACCACCCGCUACGAUACCGCACUAUAGCUUGCAUGGGGUACUGAGGCACGGAACGGUAGCCUAAUUCUUUCGUGUGAGGUCGGUUUUUGAAUACCGUUUGGGGAGUUGAAUGUCAAUGGCCUGGCGCUGUUUCAUGUUUACUGCGUGUGCAAAAGGCCUGUGGAAUUGAGCGGUGCAUAUUGAGAGGAGUAUUGUAUCGAAUGAAACCAGUCUGCUUCGCGAGCUUCUAAAGGUCGAGUGUUUUUCUCGUUGAAUAUUUCAUCUCAUUGCUGUUAAUAAACAUUGCUCCAGUC